AAUUCCGACACAACGCUCCUGGUUGUAUCCGCUUCACAGUGGCUGAACUGUAAAUAUCGACCACCGAUAGCCUUCACCUCCAUACAAUCCAAACAAGCUCGUCUUGUCGUCACGGGUGAGCAUUAAUGCAGUAGAGGAGCGCGUCCUUCAAACCCUACUCUCACUGGUUUCCGUGGCUUGUUCUGCGGUGAAGGCAUCGUCGAUCUACCUGGUUCUUUUCAUGGAGCAUUGAAUUGGUGUUGAUAAAUUCUGAACAAAAUGGAUCUCUGUCUCCUCGUUUUUCUGCUCCUACCACUUCUAUGUUCUGGAAGUGGAGAUGUUUAUCUUAUUACCGUGGAAGGAGAACCUGUUGUUAGCUACAUGGGCGGGAUAGAUGGAUUUGCUGCAACAGCGGCGGAUUCUAUGGAAGAGAUGGAUAUAACCAGUGAAUCUGCCACGUCAUACUCUCUUUACCUGAAGAGAAAGCAUGAUGAACUUCUUGAAUCUAUCUUUGAAGCUAAUUCAUAUAAGAAGAUCUACAGCUAUUGCCAUCUUAUCAAUGGUUUCUCCGUACAUUUGACUCCUGAACAGGCGAAGGCUCUGAGCAAAUUGCCUGGAGUAAAGCAUGUCGAGAAAGAUGUGAAGGUAAGGAAAUUAACAACGCAUACACCACAAUUCUUGGGACUGCCUACAGGAGUAUGGCCGACAGGAGGAGGCUUUGACAAAGCAGGGGAAGAUAUUGUUAUUGGUCUUGUUGACUCGGGAAUUUUUCCAAAGCAUCCAAGUUUUUCUACUUACAAUACUGAUCCAUAUGGUCCUCUUCCUCGGUAUAGAGGGAAAUGUGAAAUUGAUCCAGAGUUCAAGAGAACCUUUUGCAAUGGAAAAAUAAUUGGAGCUCAACAUUUUGCAAAAGCUGCCAUAGCUGCUGGGGCAUUUAAUCCAGCAGUGGAUUUUCCAUCUCCUCUAGAUGGUGAUGGCCAUGGAACUCACACAGCUGCAAUAGCUGCUGGAAACAAUGGAGUUCCAGUGAGAAUGCAUGGGUAUGAGUUUGGCAAGGCCAGCGGCAUGGCUCCACGAGCCAGGAUUGCUAUUUACAAAGUUCUUUAUAGGCUUUUUGGUGGCUAUGUAUCUGAUGUAGUGGCUGCUAUUGAUCAGGCUGUUCAGGAUGGAGUGGAUGUCAUUAAUCUUUCAGUUGGUCCAAACAGCCCACCAUCAACUACAAAAACCACAUUCUUGAAUCCUUUUGAUGCAGCCCUUCUUUCUGCCGUGAAAGCUGGGGUUUUUGUUGCACAAGCAGCUGGAAAUGGAGGCCCAUUCCCGAAAACCCUCGUAUCUUUUAGUCCUUGGAUAACAACAGUAGCUGCUGCUGUUGAUGAUCGCAGAUAUAAGAACCAUAUUACACUCGGAAAUGGAAGAAUACUGCCUGGACUUGGGCUAUCACGUAAGUUGAUUAUUUCAUUUUUUUUUUCUUUCAGAAAAUUGUUAUAUUCACAUUAAAUUGCCUUCUUUUUG